AAUUUUUGUCUUUGGUGCGCGUCUCUUUCUCUUGUUAAAUAUUUAAGGAAUCGGAAGGGACGUAAUAAUUUUGCUCUUCUGUUUAUUCUUAAUGGCUGCCGUUUUGCGUGGUUGAAUGCUUAAUGUAAAUCAAACAUGAGUGAUUAUUCUUCUAUGGCUACGCUUCAAAACAACAGUAAACCAGUUGGAUUUGCGGCUGCAGUACAACGUGCAAGAUUGGUUGCCGCUAAGAUUGAAGGUGGUGGUAGCAAAAGACCCCUUGAAGACGGACCUGAACCUAGCUCCAAAAAACUGGCUUCAGUGGAAUAUUCUCCACCACCUAUGAGCGCAUCAGCAACAGCAGCGGCGGCGGCGGCAGCGGCAGCUGCUGCAGCAAGGCUAGCAGCCAACACAGCAUCACCUCCGGCUCCACCUGGCCCCCCCAACAUGAUGAAUGACCAAACCAUCAAUGAGUAUAUCAGGGUUCCUGAUAAAAUGGUCGGCCUCAUAAUUGGUCGUGGAGGGGAGCAGAUCACACGGUUGCAAGCGGAGUCUGGUUGCAAGAUACAGAUGGCGCCUGAGUCAGGACAGGCUGACAGACUUUGUACCCUAACAGGAUCUCAAGAAGCAAUUGCUAGGGCCAAGGAGCUGGUGAACAAUAUAGUAAAUCAUCGUGGCCGUGAGAAUGCACAACAUCAGGAACAAGGCAUGCCUCCUAUGCCCAGAUCUAUGGGUGGUGGUGGUGGCGGCGGCGGAGGUGGCGGCCUUGGUAUCACUGAGGAAAUCAUACUACCUGGGCCAAAGGUUGGUUUGAUAAUUGGCAAGAGUGGGAAGACUAUCAAACAGCUUCAAGAACAAUCUGGUGCGAAAAUGGUGGUUAUUCAAGAUGGGCCCAACACUGAAUAUGAGAAGCCGCUUCGCAUAUCUGGUGACCCUCAGAAGGUCGAGCACGCUAAGCAGCUUGUGUAUGAACUGCUGCAAGACAAGGACUCCAAUCAAGGCGGAGGAGGAAACCGUUUUGACGACAGCUACCAGGAGCAAGGCAACGGAUUCACAUCUGCAGAGGUACUGGUGCCGAAGAUAGCUGUAGGCGUGGUGAUUGGCCGCGGCGGAGACAUGAUAAAGAAAAUACAGAGUGACUCGGGAUGCCGGGUGCAGUUCCACCAGGAGAGAGACGAAGGACCUGGCGAUAAGAGAUGCUACUUACAAGGGCAGCCGCACCAAGUGGAUCAAGCCAGACAGAUGAUCGAGGACCUGAUCAAUAGUGUCAAUUUGGCGAUCAGAUCCGGUCGGGGCCGACCCGGCAACAAGAACGGUGGCCGUGAUCGAGACAAUCAGCAGCAGUGGCAGGACAACCAGCCCGAAGUGAGGGUCAACUUCAGUGUCUCCAACGCCAAGUGCGGCCUCAUCAUUGGCAGAGGUGGUGAGGUGAUUAAGCAGAUCAACGCGCAGUCGGGCGCGCACUGCGAACUAGAUAGACGCGUGCAGAACCAAGACAACAACAACAGGACAUUCUUUAUCAAGGGACACCCAGAGGCCGUAGAGAACUGCAAGCGGAUCAUCAUGGAGAAAGUCGGCAUGCCUGUUAACUUCAUACCGGAUGGUGGAAGUGACAACGGCAGCAAUAACGGUGGCGGCGGAAACGGCGGCGGCGGCGGUGGCGGAGGUGACUUCUACGGCGGAGGACCUCCAGCCUGGGGAUACAACCCGCACUGGCAUCAUCAGCAGCCACAACCACCGCAGCCACAAGUCCAGAUAAACCCAUCAACAGGGCAGCCGGACUACUCCCAACAGUGGAUAGACUACUACCGCUCACUUGGUAUGAUAAAGGAGGCAGAGGUUAUUGAACAACAGGCAAAGUCGCAGCAACAAAUGGGAGGUGGCAACAACAACAACUCCAGCCCGGCCGGCGGCCCCGGCCCCGCGCCGACCGGAGGGCCCGGCCCCGCGCCCUCGCCGGCGCCCAGCGGCGGACAACCCACGCCGGACUACAGCGCGCAGUGGGCCGACUAUUACCGCAGCAUUGGCAAGGUCAAGGAGGCCGAGGCUAUCGAGGCGCAGAUCAAGAUGAAGCAGCAGGCCAGUGCGGCGCCGGCCGCGCCGCCCGCCAGCCAGGCGUCGCCCGGCCUGCCCCCCUACGGACAGUACCCGGGCUACGCGCCCGCGCCCGCGCCCGCCUACCCCUACCCCUACCCCUACGGACAGGGGCCCGACGGCGGCCACCACCAGUGAGAAUCCAGCCGACGAGCCCGUACGGAUCAAGAUACCUCUAUAACAUAGUUUAUAUCUGUUAAUUAUAAGCGAAACGUUCGUACAGCCAAAAUUCACUUCCAAUAGAUUUCACUCGCCACAUAUCACUUAUGUGGGUAGUUUAAAAUAUCGCUAACAGAAUUGUGUAGCAAUAUGAAUACAAACAUUAUGACCACAGUAUAUAAUGUUGAAGUUUGAAAAUCUUUUAUCGUGUAUUAAAUGUGCUUUUUUAGUAUUACUACACACUUUGUCGCAAAACAAUGAUAAUUUCACGGCCGUGUGGACUAUUUAACUAAACUCUUAUUAUAUUGUUCCCAUUAUUGUAAAACUGUGAAUGUUAUUUCUCCGAUAUUGAUCAAUGACAGUUUGUCCAGGUUAGAAUAUAGCCACACAGCCUAAAACGUAACAGUGAGCCGACGGAGCUAAGAGAGAGACAGUGAACAAAUGAUGGUUAACGAAAGAGAAAGCGAUACUUCGCCGCAGCGAGGAAUCGAGGUAACUCACUGUAUUGAGUGAACAUCGAGACGCUACAAUGGUAUUGAGAGGGUUUUAAUGUAUCCAGAAAUUUUGGGAAAAAAAAUUGUCGCAGAUUUGUUGAUAAAAUUAGAAUAUGCCUCGCCAUAUCGUUUUAGCGUAUCCGCAGUUUAAAAACACCGAUUGUGAUUUGUUUGAAUUUUAGACUUUAACUAUAUUUCAUUGCAUUUGUGCGGAAUUUUUAUUUCAUGUGUGUUAUAUAAACUAUGUAUAGUCAGACGUUGAUAUAUCACCAUCCAAAGUAAAUUGUGUCUAGAUAUAAGUCUAGGUUUCUAUUCUGGUUCGUACACUCUCUUCGCGGCUCAUUAGGUUACUAACAAAAUCGAGCGUAGAUGAUAGUUUUUUUAUGUAUAUUUAAUUUAAGCUUUUCAAACGAUUUAUUUAGGUGUGUAUUUGAACGUGGGAAGGUAAUGUGUCACAUUCCUCAUGGUAUUACGACGGCUUCGCGACUCGCGGACGAGGGGAACCCCUCUGCACUUCCCCCCACUAAAUUGUACUAAUAUUAAGACAUAAAGUGUAUGUUUAAUUGAUA